UCUGGUGCAGUUUAAGUUUUAAAGUUUAAAAGUGAAGUCCUCUUUUAAUCUCGAGCUCAAAGCGCUUUUCACCGAACACCCAGGAACUAUUUAUUCGGACUGAUGUUGGAGGACGAGCGGAAUUUCCGAAUGGACGACCAGGAAAUGCAGCUGAAAGUAAAGCGAGUGACGGAUAAGUUUACAGAGAGCAUGUACGUGUUGGCGAAUGAACCGUCUAUAGCGCUGUAUCGUCUUCAGGAGCACGUGAGGAGAUCACUUCCGGAACUGGUGCAACAUAAGACGGACAUGCAGAGCUGGGAGGAACAGAGCCAGGGAGCCAUUUAUACUGUGGAGUACGCCUGCAGUGCAGUGAAGAGCAUGGCCAACAGCAGCCUCUGUUUUAAACAUAUCGAUGGAUUAUUAAAGCAAGCCAUCAUAAUGAAGGAGCAGAUCAGCGGUGCUCAAGGACGCAGUGGUGUGAAACCUGCAUCUAAUCACAGUGACCCUCCAUCACACGAUUCUUCCACAUCAUCAUGACCUAUGGGACUCUGUAAGCAAGGUUAAAGCAAGGUUAAAUCAAGGAAGAGAACUGUGGAUCCUGCGAUACUGAGAGACGCUUGUGAGAAGCAGAAUUCUGCGAUAUAAAGUACAGAUACGAGUCUAUCAAACAGACUCCGUUCCAGGUGUGAACCGCAUUCUGAAUAAGUGUGACGGCUUUUUUCUGGCAUCUCGACAGAAACCUUGAGAGGAGUGAAUGUGAACGCUUUGCCAGGUUCUCCAUCACAGUGCUUCUUCAUGUGCCUGAAGGAAAAGAUUCUUCUCAGUCGUAUGUAAAUGUAGUAGUUUAUCCUGUACUUUUCUGUCCUGCUGCGUCACACUGUUACUUUUAAACUCUUAUGAUGUAUUAAUUUUUUAACUUGUUUUAUUUAUUUGUAUGUAAAUUUGUGUGUAAAUCGUAGCAUUAAAAUAUGAGCACAUGA